AUGUCGUUGCUGCUAAAACGCACAGCUCUUGUGCUGUUUGCACUUCUGUCGCCGACCACGGCUCAGUUUCCAGCAAAGCCAAUUGGCGUGAAAGUCUUGGAGUCGCGUUUCGGCGAGGGCAUUACCAUCAGCUACAAAGAGAAUGACAUCUGUGAGACCACGCCGGGCGUGCGAUCUUACUCGGGACAUGUACAUCUGCCUCCAGGAACUGCAGCACUCGGCCAAGGACAGGACUAUCCCAUCAAUACCUUUUUCUGGUUCUUCGAAGCACGAAAUGAUCCAAUCAAUGCCCCACUCUCCAUAUGGCUCAACGGUGGCCCAGGUAGCUCUAGCAUGUUCGGCCUGUUCGCUGAGAACGGACCAUGCUUUGUCAACGCCGACUCAAAUUCUACCCGAUUGGCAGAGUGGAGUUGGAACAACGAAGUAAACAUGUUGUACCUCGACCAGCCAGUCCAAGUUGGCUUCUCCUACGACACUCUGCAGAAUGUGACGAGGAACUUGAUCAACAACACUGUGACAUUACUCAACGAGACAGACCCUGUACCGCCGCAAAACACCACCCUUCUUACGGGCACUUUUCCCAGUCGUAUCUGGGAGAACACAGCGUUUGGAUCUCAGAAUGGUGCUAUUUCUGCAUGGCACUUCGCACAAGCCUGGUUUCAAGAAUUCCCGGGUUACCAACCUAAUGACACUCGGGUCAGUCUGGCCGCUCAAUCGUACGGUGGUAGAUAUGGGCCGGCAAUGAUGGCGUUCUUCGAAGAGCAGAAUCAGCGCAUAGAGAAUGGCACCUGGGAAGGCACCGAGGGCGAGCAAUUCAUUAUCCAUCUCGACACACUCAUGAUGAUAUCUGGCUGCAUCGACCGCUAUGUUCAAUGGCCAUACUAUCCGGAGAUGGCGUUUCGAGGCAAUGGCUACGGUAUCGAAGCCGUGAAUGAGACGAUCUACAACAACAUGACUGCAUCAGUACCCGAAUGUUUGCAGAAAAUCCAAGACUGUCGCGACAUCGCUGCGAUCUCUGACCCCGGGAAUCUUGGUAUCAACACUACCGUAAACGAGAUUUGCGAGGAGGCCGAAACGUGGUGCACACGAUAUGUGCGCGAUCCCUACCUCGAUUAUUCUGGACUCAACUACUACGACAUCUCUACUGUGACUCCAGCGCCGUUCCCAGCGCCUUUCCAUGAGGGUUUCUUGAAUCGUGAAUGGGUUCAAGCUGAGCUCGGAGUGCCACUCAACUGGACUGGCAGUAGCCCACAAGCCUCUCGUGCUUAUCGAAGCAUUGGUGACUAUCCUCGUGACUCAUGGCUCGAUGAUCUCGGCUUUCUACUCGACAAUGGAAUCAAAGUGUCGAUUGUUCACGGAGAUCUUGAUUUCGCCUGUCCUUGGAACAGCGGAGAUGCCGUUGCGAAAGCGAUCAACUGGACUGGUUCAGCGGGAUAUGCUGAAGCACAGUACGCCGACAUCCAGACCAACGGUUCUUACGUCGGCGGGCUUGUCCGACAAUAUGGCAAUCUGUCCUUCGUUCGCACGUACCAGGCUGGCCACGAAAUCCCAGCAUACCAACCAGAAACCGCGUACAAAGUCUUUACGCGGGCAUUGUUUAAUCUCGAUCUGGCGACGGGUCUGGAGUCGACGGCGGGAAAUUAUACAAGCACAGGACGCAAUGAUCCAUAUGUUCAGUUGGAGCCUACGGGUCAGAAAUUGACAUACUGUUACACAUACGCGCCUUCCGACACAUGCCAGCCAGAGCAGAUCGAAACGCUCGUGAAUGGUACGGCUGAGAUCUGUAACUGGAUUGUGGUCGAUGCGAACUCGACACUGUUGUUUCCUGAAGUGAUUGCGAAGUGUCGAGCUGAGUGGGACCAGCAAGGAGACCAAGGUACCAAUGCAAACCAGACUGCCUCGAGCGGACCAGCGAUCUACACUGGCAUAGCAUCAACGCUGUCAGGAAAUCAGCUCGCCUGGUUGAGCUCUGCUCUGGCACUACUUUUCCUGAUGCUCGGCUAACCACCACACCUGACACACAUCAAAGGCUCACAAAAAUUACGACGGCACGGAAGCAAAUACAGACACCACAGAUCGAUUUCCAUCACAUCAAUAGAUAAACUCAUACCAUCAUCUCUCCGCA